AUGAUGAGAAGACGCAACAAAAAGACCAAAACCGUGAUCAGCAAUCCAGAAACGUUGGAAGAGAGAAACAAGUUUGAUGAAAUCCCUCAUGACCUAGUGAUCGAGAUUCUUGGGAGAUUGCCUGCCAAAUCUGUAGCUAGGUUUCUCACAGUAUCCAAGUUAUGGGCAACUAGUAUCCGCAGUCUAGAUUUCAUCAAAUCUUACCCGCUUGGAUCUUCGUCGAAGCCUCGUACCUUAGUUGCUUCUAAGCAAGUCGUGGCUAACCCUAGCACAGGUCGAACCAUACCUUUACCAAGAGUCAAAACCAGGAGAACGAUAGCAACAAGUUUUUUCGGGUAUGAUUCUGUUAGUGAUCAAUACAAAGUGUUGUGUAUGACGGUAAAAGCGUAUGGUGAUCUGAGGGAUGAGUCAUCUCAACAUCAAGUAUUCACAUUGGGAGCUAAAAAGAAAUCAUUCAGAAUGAUAGAUACUAGUAUUAUUCCUCACCGUCCUUGCUCUAACGGUGUGUGCAUAGAUAGUGUUGUGUAUUAUGUUGCUAAAACGGGGGCGGGAAUGUUGCAUCUAUGCAUAAUGAGAUUUGACUUGAGUUCUGAAAUAUUGGAUCUUUUUACUAGUUUGCCUCAAGAGAUUCGACCUCCAAGUUGA